AUGAAAAGUCUGUAGGAUAUUCAUAAAAAGAAUCAACAAUAAAGAGCGACCUUCACUCUCAUGAACCACACCAACAAUCGCACAUAAAUGGGAUGGUUCACUCCUCAGCCCUCGAAUGAUUUACAAUCUCCUUUCGGAAACACUCUUAGUUAAUUCUCUCAAUAAGGUUCAGAGCAUAACAUUAUCCAUAACACUCGUGGGAAUAUGCACUCUUGGAGUUCAAAUUUGGAGAGACAAAUCUAAUCUAGAGAAAUCGCAAGGUAAGUGAGGAAACAGAAUGCUCAAUAAUCAGCUAGACAGGAGAAACAUUUCUUUGGAGCAAUCAAUGGCAUCCCAAAAAUCAAUUCACCCAAAACUCAAGCUAAUCAAACAACCACUAUGUUUCAACCCAAUUUAAUUAGGGUUGAUCCUAAAAUAAAAAGAUAACUUAGUGAAAUGAGUAAAAGAAACUUCCUUCAUUUCCUCUUAGUCUAAAAAGUGGGACAUAAAGAUGAAAAAUAAUUCUAUGAGUAUUUAAAAAAGACUUAUAAUUUCGAACCUCCUCAACCUUUUGAGGAACAAUAAAUAAAAGUCUCUAAGAAGGGCAUCAAAUAUCUAUUCACUAAAGAGGAUGAUGAUGAAACAAUCAAAAAAACAAGCCAACAAAUUUUGAGAAUGCACAAAUUGCAUCAAAAUAGAGAAAUCCCACUAGACAGAUAUGUCUAAGACACUUACGAAUAACAAUUGAGAAGAUUCCCCAAGGUAAGAGAGAAACUCGAAUAAUCUAAAAAAAGUAAUCUAGAAUAAUGA